GUACUCGAUAUUGAUUGUAUAUGGGGUUUUAUCUUGCAGUCCAGAUUGGGUUUAAUCGUAUAUUCAGUGGGGGUCUGUUAGCUUGAGAUUUGGGGUGCUUGUGAUGCUUUUGGUCCGAUAAUAAUCUGGUGUUUUGUGGUUAAAUGAUUUGAGUCAAUGGGUUCUGUUUAAUAAUGUUUGAGUCGAAGCAGUAGAUUGCAGUGGUGAACGAAUGGGUGUUCGUCGAGAUGGCGCUACUGAUAUUUUUACUGGCAAGGAACGUGUUGCCAAUGGAGCUCAGUUGGCUGAGAUGGACAUGUAGUUGGCUGAGAUGGCAGCGAGGCAAGGAGCUGGUCGACUGGUGGAUGUAUGGAACCUUAAGAAUCGGCAGCAGCAAGGAUAGGUGAUGAUUUUAUGGGUUUCGAGAUGGAUAUGUUGGCUGGUAAGUUUAGUACGAAGAGAGGGCUCGGACAAGAGAUGUAAUUUUAUCAUGGGAGAAAAGGGUAUAAAUGGCUCAGGGAUAAAAGUGUAUCUUGGAUUUCCAGUAAAACACCCUCCGGUUGGAAAUGAGAGACUCUCAGGCUUGAAUCAAAAUGUAACCACGGAAAGUUGAAGAAUCUGGUGAGCCCUUAUCCUGUGAAAUGAGACAAGUAGCUGUAGUGGAGGAGGAUGUGGUGAGCCCUUAUCAGAUUGGGGGACAUGGUAAAUAUGAGGAGCCAGAGAUAGUGAUUUAAAACAAACAGGGAGUGAAGAUGUUGUGAUUAGUUUGCACAAGUAGAAAACCUAUUGCACAGGUUUUGUGAAUUUUCACAAGAGUUUCUGAAUUGGAAAUCGAUUUGAAGAACCAUUCCAUGAUCAGACUAAUUCCUAAACCUGAAGAAAAUAUACAAGACUUCAUCUGUGUUAAAGAAAGCAAAAAAAAACCUGAUUUCUGUAAUUUUGUAUGUUUAAAUGUCAAUUUCAGGGCUUAAUCUGAUCAAGAAGAAGAAGAAGAAGGUUUGGUGGUUCUCACUACUAGCUUCCGGCAUUCAUCGUUUUGGAGAUGGCUGCUGAUUCACCAACCUUAUUUUCCUCUUCUCCCAAUAGUACUCUAGAUCAUGCAGGACAUCAUGGGUUAUCGGCACCUGCGAUAGCUGGGAUAGUGGUAGCAGUUGUACUUGUAAUUUGUGUUGUUGUUGCUGUGUUCUGCUACUUCCAGAGAAGGAAGAAGCGGUUGGAGAUGCUAGUACGUACAGGCAAAGGAAUGCAAACUUUGGAAGCUUCGCCCCAGCUGGCUAAUCGGAUGCAGCCUACAGAAGCUGGUAAUGCUGUGCGCCAGCCCACUAUUCAGCUGCACAACAUCGAAGCUGGUAAUUGCUCUUCAAGGGUGGAAGGCGAGUUUUCCUUUGGUUUCCUACAAGAGGUAACGCAAAACUUCAGUGAACAAAAUUUGUUAGGCGAGGGGGCAUUUGGGAAGGUCUAUAGAGGGAAGUUUCCGGACGGGACCGAGGUUGCUGUUGAGAGGCUGAAUCUCAUAUUAGGUGUAGCUGGGUUGAUGGCGUUCCAGGCUGAGCUCUCCAUUUUGAAGAUGACACACAGACACCUCGUAUCUGUGAUUGGGUUCUGUAACCAAGGCGUUGAGCAUCUGAUUGUUUACGAAUUCAUGGAGAGCGGAACACUACACCAAAAGCUCUUUGAGUGGAUUGACACUGGUGGCAACCCCAUGAGCUGGGAUGAGAGGAUUGUAGUGGCGCUAGAUGUGGCUAAGGGCUUGCACUACCUCCACAGUCUGUCCAGGGAGGCCUUUGUACACAGGGAUGUAAAAUGUAAAAAUAUCCUACUCGACAGGGAUAUGAGGGCCAAAAUCUCGGAUUAUGGCCUGGUGAAGGCAAUGACAGAUGAUGAGAAGUCGGUGGUGACCAAGUUAGCUGGAACUCGUGGAUACCUUGCGCCUGAGUAUGCAAUGACUGGUCAUUUGUCGAUCAAAGCUGAUGUGUAUGCUUUUGGCAUAGUUCUCUUAGAACUUAUUACAGGUCAGACGACAGUGGAUGAUGGUCAGGCAGGGAAGAAUUUGGCGAUGCGCUUUCGUCCCGUCUACAAGAGGGGCAUGGAGAAUGUGAGAGCUUUGGUCGACCGGUCACUCGACCCGGAUGCGCAGGGCCUUAAUGGAGGCUGUGAGGCUUGCAAUGGAGUGCACGCGCACUGAUCCAAGGGAUCGGCCUGGUUUUGCAGAGAUUACUGCCAGGCUGGGGCUUGUAGCUGAGAGAUGGCCCCAGCGUGCAGAGGAAGAGGAGGAAGAAGAAGAAGAAGCUGCUUUUGACAGGGAACGUUUUCUUCGGGAUUUGGGUAAUGAUGGAGAAGGCACCACGGCUUAUUACAGCGUCUGGGACUUGGAGCAGGGUCAGUAAGAAGAAACAGAGAUCAAUCAGCAAUUUACGUGGAGAGCUUAGUUUGACUCAACUUGGGGAGUUAUGUGCGUACAUAGACUUGGCAUUCAAAUAAGAAGAGUAGAAAACGUACAAUAGGGAAUGGUUUUGAUGAAAAUGAAGUGGUUGAAGGUAAUGGAGUCUAAAUUUUUUAUAUGUAUAUCAUUUGAUGAGAGGUUGGCAUCUAAAUCCCUAGGAUUCAGCUGCAUUUGUGGACAAAGUGAAUCACUGCAUAUAGAUGCAUUUGGGUUUUUCUUCUUACCUAUUUUUUGUUGUGAUCCCCUUAGGAAUGAACCAGGUGCAUGUAAUUAGUUCAUUUCAUUAUUUUAGAGGUUUUAUUGACAUACCUAAUUUCUGGUGGGGUUUUCUAAUCCGUAGUGAUUUGAUUUUAGAUGAAAAUCAUUGAUUUUGUUUUGUA